ACUUAUAAUCGAUUGCUUACAUCGAAUAGAACACAUUUCUUUCAAAAAUGUUAAUUAUAGAAAAGUUUUCUAUAUUUUUGCUGAUAACUUUAUUCUUACGAACCAACAGUCAAACUUCGCAAAAUCUUAAUGUCUUGUUCGUGAAUGAAGAGGGAAAUGAAGUAGCAGAUAAAGCGUUGGAUGUCGCUUUAACAUACCUGAAGAAAAAUAGUAAAUUAGGUAUAAGCGUUGACAUAAGAAGAGUUGUUGGAAACAGAACUGAUUCAACUACAUUUUUGGAUGCACUUUGUAGCACUUAUAAUUCAAUGUUGGAGAGCAAAUCCUAUCCGUAUCUGGUAUUGGACACCACAAUGGCAGGUCUUGGAUCUGAAACGGUGAAGUCAUUUACAGCAGCGUUAGCGCUACCAACUGUAAGUGCUUCUUUUGGACAAGAAGGAGAUUUGAGACAAUGGCGAGAUAUUGAGGAACAUGAAAAAAACUAUUUAAUUCAAAUAUCUCCCCCGGCCGAUAUUAUACCUGAAAUCAUUAGAACUAUAGUUCUGUAUCAAAAUAUUACGAAUGCUGCCAUUCUCUUUGACAAGUCGUUUGUAAUGGAUCACAAAUAUAAAUCUCUUCUCCAAAAUGUGGCCACCAGGCACAUAAUAACGCCCAUUAAAAAUGGAAAUGAGGUUGUUGAUCAACUGAGUCAACUUCGGAAAUUAGAUUUGUUAAAUUACUUUAUUUUGGGGAGUUUAACGAAUAUUAAGCGUGUUUUAGAUGCCGCCGAUUCGCUUAAUUACUUUAACAGAAAGUUUGCCUGGCAUGCUAUAACUCAAGAUGACGGGGAAAUUAAAUGUAUUUGUAAAAACGCUACUAUUUUGUUUGUUAAACCUUUACCCAAUGCUAAUUACCAAGAUAGAUUGGGAACUAUGCGAAGAACGUAUCAGUUAAAUACUGAACCCAUCAUAACUUCAGCCUUUUAUUUCGAUCUUUUUCUUCAUUCGUUCAUAGCAGUCAAGGAAAUGAUUGCAGAUGGCGUUUGGAAAAAUGCGGUAACCGAUUAUAUAACUUGCGAUGAUUACAAUGGUAAUAAUAGCCCUAAAAGAGUGGAUUUGGAUGUUAAGAAAUAUUUCAACAAGGAAAACUCCGAACCGUUCACGUACGGUCCUUUAUUGGUAGUGUCGAAUGGCUUGAGUUACAUGGAUUUCCAGAUGGUUCUUUCUUCUGUUGGUGUUCGAGAAGGCGCUUCUGACAAGUCUCUUUCUCUCGGUACUUGGAAUUCAGGUUUUGAUAAUAAUCUGACACUUGCCAAUUCCAAGGCUAUGAUUAAUUUAACCGCCGAUGUCGUUUAUAGAAUAGUCGUUGUUGAGCAAAAACCAUUCGUAUUCAAGGACGAUAACGCCCCUAAAAAAUUCAAUGGAUAUUGUAUAGACCUUAUAAACAAAAUAGCUGAAAUAUUAAAAUUCGAUUAUGACUUAAUUGCCAUUGAUAAAUAUGGUGCAAUGGAUGACAAUGGCAAAUGGGAUGGUAUGGUAAGGGAAUUGAUCGAAAAAAGGGCAGAUGUAGCUUUGGGAGCGAUGUCGGUGAUGGCCGAAAGAGAAAACGUCAUGGAUUUCACGGUGCCGUAUUAUGAUUUAGUAGGGAUUACCAUUUUGAUGAAGUUACCUGAAACUUCUACUAGCUUGUUCAAGUUUCUGACGGUUCUAGAAAAUGACGUGUGGUUAUGCAUAUUGGCUGCUUAUUUUUUCACCAGUUUUUUGAUGUGGGUAUUCGACCGUUGGUCUCCCUACAGCUAUCAAAACAACAGAGAAAAAUAUAAGGACGACGAAGAGAAGCGUGAAUUUAAUCUAAAAGAAUGCCUUUGGUUUUGCAUGACAUCCUUAACCCCACAAGGUGGUGGAGAAGCUCCAAAAAAUUUAUCUGGUAGACUCGUAGCUGCAACGUGGUGGCUUUUUGGAUUCAUUAUAAUUGCUUCUUAUACGGCAAAUCUGGCUGCGUUCCUCACCGUUUCUAGAUUGGAUACUCCAAUAGAAUCUUUGGAUGAUUUAUCGAAGCAGUAUAAGAUUCAGUACGCACCAUUGAAUGGAUCCUCGGCACAAACUUACUUUGAAAGAAUGGCUAAUAUCGAAGCAAGAUUUUAUGAAAUUUGGAAAGAUAUGAGCCUCAAUGACAGUCUUUCAGAAGUUGAAAGAUCAAAGUUGGCAGUAUGGGAUUACCCAGUUAGCGACAAAUAUACAAAAAUGUGGCAAGCAAUGAAAGAAGCCGGGUUAGUGAAUACAUUAGAAGAAGCAGUAGAAAGAGUAAGAAGCUCUAAGUCGUCCAGUGAAGGAUUCGCAUACCUGGGCGACGCUACCGAUAUUAAAUAUUUGGAAUUAACCAACUGUGAUUUAACCACUGUGGGGGAAGAGUUUUCUAGGAAACCUUAUGCUAUUGGAGUCCAGCAGGGAUCUCCUUUGAAGGAUCAGUUUAAUACCGCUAUAUUGCAACUGUUGAAUAGGAGAGAACUGGAAAGGUUGAAAGAAAAAUGGUGGAAUAAGAAUCCAGAAAAGAAAGACUGUGAAAAAGUGGACGAUCAAUCAGAUGGUAUCAGCAUUCAUAAUAUCGGCGGUGUUUUUAUUGUUAUUUUUGUCGGCAUCGGAUUGGCUUGUAUAACAUUGGCCUUCGAAUACUGGUGGUAUAAACAUCGGAAAGGUGGUAAGAUUGUGGAUGUGCAGGGUGCACCCUUGUCAAACAAGAUGUCAAACUUUCCUGGAAACGUCUCUUUUCCAAAAUCGAAGAUUCCGGAUAAGCCUGAUGUUAAGGGCAAAAAUACGUUGUUUCAAAGAAGCAAAUUUUAGAUUUAAAUUCGUUAUACCGGCACAUAAUUUAGAUUACUCGACGCACAUCUAAAUUUGAUGUAUUUUAUGAAAAUAUUUUACAAAAUACAAUUGUAAUACAAUUAACAA